GGAGCCCUGGCCGCGCGACUUCCCGGAGGCCGCCCCCCGCGCCUGGAGCCCCCCAGGUCUGCGCUGGGAUAUGGAGCCACCUCAGUACGUGGAGGAGCUGGAGGAUGAUGUAUUCCAGCCCGAGGACGGGGAGUCCAGCCUGCAGCCCCGCAGCCUGCUCUCUGCCCACCUGUUUGCCCAGAGCCAGCUGGACUGCCCCCUAGGCCGCCUUCAGCUCUUCCCUCUCACCCAUUGCUGCGGCCCUGGACUUCGACCCACCAGCCAGGAAGACAAGGCCACCCAGACCCUCAGUCCUGCGUCCCCAAGUCAGGGCGUCAUGUUGCCUUGUGGGGUGACUGAGGAACCCCAGCGCCUCUUUUACGGCAAUGCCGGUUAUCGCCUCCCUCUCCCUGCCAGCUUGCCCCUGGGUGAGCCGCCCCGCGAAGGGCAGGGGCAGCAGCGUGCGGAAGUACAGAUUGCCCGAAAGCUUCAGUGCAUCGCAGACCAGUUCCAUCAGCUUCACAUGGAGCAACAGGAGCAGAACCAAAAUCGCAUGUGGUGGCAGGUUCUUUUCUUCCUGCACAACCUCGCUUUGAACAGAGAUGAGAACCAGAACGGGGCAGGUCCCAGGUGAGGCUGGGCUGCCUGCCCUCUCCACAGGGGGCACAAGCGAAAGGACAUCAGCGAGGAUU